UCUGGAUUUACGGCUGGAUAUCAUAUGGUUUUGGGUGCCUGAUGGCAUAACCUGUAGAUGUUAUCCACCGAAUGGUUCGACGGAACUUACGACGCCAUCCUCCUCGUGCACCACUCCUACUUCACCACCCACGUCCUCCCCACCGUCUUUGGCAUCGACCCGCCCCACCACCCCAACCCACUCCAACCCCACGACCAGCAUAACCACAACCAUAAUCAGAAAAACCCCAACCACAGCUCAACAGACUCCUUCCUCAGCGAAGUCAAAUCCUUCUCCCGCCAUCUCCUCACCGACGACACGGACCAACCCUCCCCACCUGCGGAAACCACCGAGAAACAUGCCGAGAAACGGGGGAAGGACAAAGAAAACGGGAAUGGGGUUGGGAAUAGGCCCGGGUCGUCGGGCAGGGGGCACGGGAAGGAGGAGAAGGACGCUCGGGUGCAUAAAGAGGAGUCGGGGCAUCGGAGUCCGUUGCUGGGGCACGAGGGGCCGGCGGCGGUGGCGGCGGGGAAGGAGUCGAGGAUGUCGACUUCGGUAGGGUUCAUUUAUCGCUUUCGCAUUGAUUGUUUGCGGAUCAGAGAGAUGGGGACUCACGCGCACCCAUUGUUUUUUUUUUCUUUUCUUCGCAGAACGCAAAACGCAACCCCGCAGCCGGAGGCCGUCGCCACUCCAAUGUCCGUCCGACCGAAAAAGACCGCGACAGACAAGAGAAAGAGAAAGAGAAAGAAAAGGCCGAAAGCUUGGAGACGUCCCACGCCUCAUCCCGCGCUAAAUCGAAAUCCAAGUCGAAUCUCCGCCUUGCUCACCCUGCCCCCGCUCCCGCUGCCAAUAACAUUAGUAAUGCGCCUGCCGCUACGACGACAGCAGCGGUUGGCGCAACGGGUGUCGGUGAUGGUGGUGCGGCGGCGGAGGGUGAGGAGAAGGAGAAAGAGGAUACGAGCAAGCGGGAGACGCCGGUGGGGAGUGUAGAGGCCUUGGAAGAGGAGAGGGUGGCCCUGACGCAGGAGCAGAUUGGUGAGUCCUUU